AUGGUAACUACUACACCAAUUUUACCUACAAGUACUGUAAGUUAUGAUGAGAUAUUAUCAACAUCAGCAGUACCUAUAUCAUCAACAGAUACAAUCAAUGAAAUACUUUCAAAUGAUUAUGAUUUAACAACUUAUUUAUUAAUUAUUUUUCCAUUCUAUGUUUGUGCAGUUUUAUUUAAUUUCUUAUCAAUUUAUUCAAUACUUAUUGCGAAAAUUUAUCGUCAAUAUUUAUCAAAUGUACUAUUAGCUGUUAUUUGCGUCGGAGCAUUAUUCAAUGUACAUGGUCAAAUGUUUUUAAUUUUAUUACGAUGGACAAAUAAUUCAGCAUCAAAUCAAUUAUGUUCAUCAUCAAUUUAUCUUCGUGAUAGUGGAUCUAUUCUUAUUCAUACACAUAUAUUACUCUUAACAUUCGAACGUAUUCUUGCUAAUAUAAAAAAAUCUCCAGCAAAUUUAAACAAUAAUCUUAUUCAAAGAGCUCAUCUUUUUCUUAUAACUAUGUCUUUAAUAAGUAUAAUUCUUUCAUUAACUGUAACAAUUUAUACAUUUACUCAUUCAAAUUUUUCAUCAUUUGCUGGUUUAUGUAUUCCAACAAAUUUAAUAUCUUAUCAAAAAUAUUUCGAUUGGAUUUAUUUUGGUUUUGGUCAUCCAUUUGUAUGGUUAUCUUGUUUAUUACUUGGAAUAUAUUUUUCACGAAAAACAACAAUAUCUUAUACAACAUUAAUUCCAAUGAAUAGAAUUAUAUUUAUAAUUAGUAUAUCGAGUUGUUUUAAUCUAUUACUAAGAACAUUAUUUGAUGAUAGUAUUGGUAUUGGUGAUGAACGACCAUUGAAUAUAGAUGUUAUACCUUCGAAAAGUGUAUUCUAUAUAAUGAAUUUACGUGAUUUUAUUUCUAUAAUAGAUAAAUUAUUAGUUGGAUUAUUAUUUUUUCUUUUUCGACCAGAAAUACGUUUAUGGUUAAUUGAAUCAAUGAAGAAAUUUCAAUCAAAUAAAAAAGAGACUCUAUCACCACAAAUGUUAGACAUUCGUAAUGAAUUAGAUGAUAAUUAUAAUGAAACAGACGAUGGAAAUCUUCAGUUUCGAGCAGAUACUUAA